AUGGCGGGGAAGCCAAAGCUUCACUACUUCAAUGGGAGAGGCAGAAUGGAGUCUAUCCGGUGGCUCUUGGCUGCAGCUGGAAUAGAGUUUGAAGAAGAACUUUUUGAAACACGUGAAGAAUUUGCUAAAUUAAUCCAAGGUGGAACCCUGAUGUAUGAACAAGUACCCAUGGUCGAAAUCGAUGGGAUGAAUUUAGUAGAAACAAGAGCCAUCCUAAGAUAUAUAGCUGCAAAAUACAAUUUGUAUGGAAGGAACCUGAAGGAUCAAGCCUGGAUUGACAUGUAUGUAGAAGGCUUGAAGGACCUGAGCGACAUGAUUAUGUUCUUUCCAUUGUCUCUUCCUGAAGAGAAGGAGAUGAAUCUUGAAUAUAUUCUUCAAAGAGCCACUACAAGAUUCUUUCCUGUCUACGAAAAGGCAUUAAGAAACCAUGGGCAAGAUUAUCUUGUGGGUAAUCAGCUGAGCUGGGCUGAUAUACAACUCCUUGAAGUCAUCUUAAUGGCUGAAGAGUGCAAACCCAAUGUCCUUUCAGGCUUCCCUCUGCUACAGGAAUUCAAAGCCCGAAUCAGCCAGGUUCCCACAAUUAACAAAUUUCUCCAGCCUGGAAGCCAGAGGAAGCCUCCACUAGAUGAAGAAUCCAUAACGACUGUGAAGAACAUAUUCAAAUUUGAACAUGGCAUGUUUCUUAAAAACAUGAGCACUAUAGUAGCCGAAUAUUAAUGAAUGAAGAGGUCUAAAGAUUA